AUGAGUAUAAUACUCCCAAAUCUAUCUUGGGAUUGUCCAGCAUGCUUCGUGGCGGUUACAAGUAUCCAAUGGCGAGCGAAGGAUACAAUGAAAGAUAUGAAUAACGCACACAGAAGAUAUCCUCGGUAUCUUACAGCGCGAGCAUCUCCUGGCCUUGAAAAGGAAGGAGCCAGUGGUCUAGUGCUAGACAUGAAAGUUUUCACACAAGAGGAUGCAGAUCUGUGCCUGGUGCGACGAAUCAAGCGUGAUUGUGGAGAGAGGGGCAUUUCAGUUGAUGCCACUUUGACCCAAUAUGAAGCAUUCGUGAAGCCAGCGUUUGAGACGUUCAUUCAGCCGUCUGCCCGUAAUGCGGACAUUAUAGUGCCUCACGCAGCGGUGAACGACGUUGCGAUAAGUCUCCUAGUGCAAUGGAUCGAGUCUAGACUCUCCAACAUAAGGAGCGCCAGCGUGCCUGUCCUUGUCCUCUAUAUGAUGGUCGCCGAUCAUGCUUCAUCACUCGGUAUCAUAAGGCCUGCGGUUGAACACAGGGUCACUUAG